UCAGUAAUCUCGAAGCACUCGUUCUUUUCAAUUUCUUAAUAAUUUUCCCAUAUGCCUUCUUUCAAAUCUCUUUCUUUCAUUUAGUAGUUACGAAAAUUUAUUAAGCUUAUACUUAACGCCCACCCCUUAUUUUUUCAUGAUGAACAAAGCUAUUGUUAGCGAAAAUCGAUUACUCGAUUCUUCUAACAUAGAUGACAAUCUUCAGGCCCUUAAGCGUAUAACUACGCUUAUGUCUUCAGGAGUCGACGUGAGUUGUUUUUUUCCUUUCGUUGUAAAGAAGAUCGUUUCGGAUUGCCUUGAAGUAAAAAGACUUGUAUAUUUAUACAUCUUAAGAUAUGCAGAAAAGGAAGCGGAAUUGAUUUUAAUGUCUGUCAAUACUUUUCAGAAAGAUAUAAAGCACACCGAUCCUUUUAUACGAGCCAACGCUUUGCGUGCGCUGACAGGCAUUCGCCUUAAGCUUCUUGCACCUAUUAUGCUUACAGCUGUACAGGGUUCCGCCCGCGAUUUUUUCCCUUACGUAAGAAAAAUCACGGCGCACGCUCUUCUGAAAAUUUAUGCGCUGGAUGCAACCUUAAAAGAUUCCUUGAUUGAAAUUUUAAUUCAGCUUCUACACGAUCGUUCGUUGAUUGUACUAGGAGGCUCCUUAUUGGCCUUUCAAAAUAUUUGCCCCGAAAGACACGACUUACUGCACGCCCACUACCGUACGAUUGUGCGUCGAAGCGUGGAUUUCGACGAGUGGAGCCAACUUAUUGCUCUUCAGCUGUUGACUCAGUAUGGAAGAGUGCAAUUUGCCAAUCCCAACCGAGACGGCAAAAGUUUUGAUAAUAGUAGCUCUGAGGGAAGCGUGGCAACUUUGAAAGCUUUAGAUCCUGAUCACAAGUGGAAUAUGCAUCUAAUUAUAAAAGUGUUGAUAAUAACCAUCAUCAUCAAUAGACUGCUUCUUGAGUGUAUGCACAAUUUAUUUUACAGCAGAAACGGAGCGGUAGUUCUAGAAGUCUGCAAACUUUACUAUUAUCUCGCUCCGUACAGCGAGUUUAGUCAAAUUGGCCGGGCGAUGUGCAGAUUCGUGGCUUCCCGCAAGGAAAUAUCGUAUUCUUUUCUGCUCAAUAUAGAAACGAUGAGUAAACGCCAUCCGGAAAUUUUUACCCCGCAUCUCCAAUCGUUUCUUGUAUAUACGAGUGAUCCCCUUCAAAUAAAGUUGACUAAAAUUUCUAUUUUGCUGAACUUGCUUAACGACUCCAACGUUUCCAUUCUGUUUAACGAGCUAAAAAUGUACUCCACCAACGAGAAUCCGAAACUGUGCGAGGCGGGUGUUCAGGGACUGGUCUAUUGCGUCUCACUUUUUCCUAAAUAUUACAAACUUUGCCUUAAAAGCCUUUUCCGGCUGAUCACCUCGAAAAAAGAGUACUUAAUAGAGAAAGGCACUGUGGCGCUAAGAAACUUACUCCAAACAAGCCCCAAAGUCGAUAUGAGAAUAGUUCGCUAUUUGUCGAGAAAAUAUCUAAAAGGAUCUAUAAAAACCACCGAAGCGCAGCUGUCCGUUCUAUGGCUCGUGGGGGAGUUCGCCUACAACGAGAAUUGGGCGCUUCAAGUUUUGCAAACGGCCGUGAAAAACUACAAGAAUUUGGAUGAUGAGGUAAAGCUUCAGGUAUUGAAUUUUGUUUCAAAGUUACAUGUGGCCAACGUGGAGAGCAGCGCUGAGUAUCUCGAGUAUAUAUUUUUCUUAGCCAAAAAUGAUCAGAAUACUGAUAUUCGGGAAAGAACAUGCUUUCUUAGUUCGCUGCUGGUAGGCUCUCUGAUAAGCGCUGCGGAGGUCCAUAAGGUGCUGCUAAGUAGAAAGUCGGUUUGUUUCCCGAAAGUUCCAUCUUCCACCAAUCGGGACCUUGUGCUCGGGACUCUUUCCCAUUUGCUGAAGCGGAAAGUGUGUGGAUACCGGGAACUGCCUAAGUUUUCUCCUACCGCCGGCGGCUCUUCCCUUCGCGAACAGGAAGUGCGUGCGGUUGAAAAUCCUCUGCAAGAAGAAAAAGUCUUAUCUUCUGCAUAUUUAUUAAGCAGCAAUCAACAUGAACUUGACUCGGUUGAGGAAAAUUUUUAUUUGGGCAUAUCUUCCGAAGAAACUAGAAGUGAUUCGUCCGCUUCAGAAAACUCAGAGCCCAUUGAUUAUUCUUCGGCGGACAGCUCCCCCACGGAGCGGGAAAGCUAAACUUUU